CUCAAACUCCGUUGAGAGAAGCUCGGAGCUUCUCAGUACACGCUCAGCAUUUCGCCAUGGAAGAGCCACCCCGCGAGCCUGGAGGAACGCUGCUGAUUUGGGAUUAUGACUGGAGCCUCAUCAACGCAAACUCGGACACCUAUGUUGUGGAGGUCUUGCGGCCGGAGCUCAUGGCCCGCUUCAGUUCGCGCACAACAGGCUGGACAGAGCUCAUGGAUUCGCAAGUCAAGGAGCUCUUUGCGAGAGGUGUCACCCGCUCCGAGCUGGAGGCGGUGGUCGCUCAGGUCCCAGUGCUGCCGGGCUGCCUGCAGGCGGUCGCAGUGGCGAACGCCGCCCAGGCCCGCCAAGUGGUUCUCAGCGAUGCCAACACUAUAUUCAUAGAGGCCUUUCUGAAGAAAGAAGGUUUGCGGCGCUGCUUUUCUGACAUCAUCUCCAACAAAGCAGAGUUUGAUGGUGAGGGGAGGCUUCACAUCAAGCCGUUUCAUGCGGAACCUCCCGGAUGCGCACUGUGCCCCAGCAAUUUGUGCAAGGGCCAGGUCUUGCGGCAACUGCUUGACCGCGAGGGGCCUUCGCGCAUCUGCUACGUGGGCGACGGAUCUGGGGACUUCUGCCCAGCGUGCCAACUGCGCCCGGAGGACCUCCUGCUGUGCCGCGCGCCGCCCUCGCCCCCGUUGAAGCGCUUCGGGCUUCUGGACCGCUUGACGGACCCGCCGUCUGCAUCGCAGGUCGUGGCCAAGGUGGUCAAAUGGCAUACGGGCGCCUCAGAGCCAUUGGAUUCGUCACCCGAUGCCGCCUGACGUGACAA